UCCAGAAACCGGUAAAAUGGGGAUCAAAGAAGAGCCACUUUUCAGAUAAAUACACUACAACUGGCCAUCUUCCAACUGCUCGAGACCUCUCCUACCCAGCCAGGGCGAGUGUAGGGCACACGAGGUUCGGUGGCUUCAGGGCGGGGUCCGUGCUUCCGUUCCCGCCUCACCGCCGGCAUAGAUGAGCGAGCCAAGAAUGAAGCGGAGAGCAUCAGACAGAGGAGCUGGGGAAACGUCGGCCAGGGCCAAGGCUCUAGGAAGUGGCAUUUCCGGAAAUAAUGCGAAGAGAGCUGGACCAUUCAUCCUUGGUCCCCGUCUGGGAAACUCACCGGUGCCCAGCAUUGUGCAGUGUUUGGCGAGGAAAGAUGGCACAGAUGACUUCUAUCAGCUGAAGAUCCUUACCCUUGAGGAAAGGGGAGACCAAGGAAUAGAAAGCCAAGAGGAAAGGCAAGGCAAGAUGCUGCUACACACCGAGUACUCUCUGCUUUCCCUCCUCCACACACAGGACGGCGUGGUCCACCACCACGGGCUCUUCCAGGACCGCACCUGUGAAGUUGUUGAGGACACAGACUCCAGCCGAAUGGUUAAGAAAAUGAAAAAGCGUAUCUGCCUCGUCCUUGACUGCCUCUGUGCACAUGACUUCAGUGACAAGACCGCUGACCUGAUCAACUUGCAGCACUACGUCAUCAAGGAGAAGAGGCUCAGCGAGCGGGAGACCGUGGUCAUCUUCUACGACGUGGUACGAGUGGUGGAAGCCCUGCACCAGAAAAAUAUUGUGCACAGAGACCUGAAGCUUGGAAACAUGGUGCUCAAUAAGAGGACGCAUCGGAUAACCAUCACCAACUUCUGCCUCGGGAAGCAUCUUGUGAGCGAGGGCGACCUUCUGAAGGACCAGAGGGGGAGCCCUGCCUACAUCAGUCCGGAUGUGCUCAGCGGCCGGCCGUACCGGGGCAAGCCAAGCGACAUGUGGGCCCUGGGCGUGGUGCUCUUCACUAUGCUGUAUGGCCAGUUCCCCUUCUACGACAGCAUCCCGCAGGAGCUCUUCCGCAAGAUCAAGGCCGCCGAGUACACCAUCCCUGAGGAUGGGCGGGUUUCCGAGAACACGGUGUGUCUCAUCCGGAAACUACUGGUCCUUGACCCCCAGCAGCGCCUUGCCGCCUCCGACGUCCUGGAGGCCCUCAGUGCCAUCAUUGCAUCUUGGCAGUCCCUGUCGUCUCUGAGUGGGCCUUUGCAAGUGGUUCCAGACAUUGAUGACCAAAUGAGCAAUGCCGACAGCUCCCAGGAGGCGAAGGUGACAGAGGAGUGCUCCCAGUAUGAGUUUGAGAACUACAUGCGGCAGCAGCUGCUGCUGGCUGAGGAGAAGAGCUGCAUUCACGAGGCCCGGAGCUGGGUGCCCAAGCGGCAGUUCGGCAGUGUGCCACCGGUGCGACGGCUGGGCCACGACGCGCAGCCCAUGAACCCCUUGGACGCAGCCAUCCUGGCACAGCGCUACCUACGGAAAUAGCGGCCUCAGCCAGGGCCACCAGCACCACCUGCCACCUCUUCCCGGCCCCCAGCCGGAGGCCCAGCUGUUGGAGCUGGGCCUUGGAGUGCUGGACUCUCCCCCAGGCUGUGACAGGGAUGGGACAGGGAUGGGGACAGCCCAGGUCAUAGACGGGGUCAGCAGAGGUACCACGAGGCUACCUUUCAGAAUGAUUGCUUGAUUGUUUGGUUUUUAAUCUGAGAAGCCUAGAUAACUAAUCUGCUUUUAAUCAUGACGUUUUAAUCUACCUCUGUCUCUUUAACCAUGCUGUCUCUGGACUGAGAGGGAGGAGGAGGAAGCCCACCUGCCCAGCCAGGGGCCUGACCCAGCCACCCAGCCCUCCCGGCCCGGGGCAGCUGCUCCCCACAGUCCAAAUAAGCUGAACGUGCAGCCCGCUGCUGGCUCCCAAAACAAGGGCCACUCCUCACCGUGCCCCACCACUGGCUCUACUUUCCUCCCGCCUUCCCCUCUCCCACUUCUCCUCCGGAACCCUCAGUCUAAGCCUUGGAAAAUCUUCACCUCAUCUUAAGCUGAAUGCAAAUAUAUUUAUUUUUUUACUGAAACCAGCUUCUCUCCCAUAUCUAGGUGGCCCAGGGCCGCUCCCCACCCCAGCCUGGCUGGGCAGCAUGGGGUGUCUGACCACAGCCCCAGAUAGGUUCCCCUCCUCACCCUCCAGGCCCCAAGAAGCCCCUUCUUGCUAGUCCCGCCCCACUCAGCCCACCAGUCCCUCUUCCUUUCUGGUGAUGGAGAGGCCUUUCUGGACUUGGUUCUUUUUUCCCCAUCUCAGUAGCUUCUCUGAGGUGAGGUACACUUGCAUUAACCCUGGUUUCCUUCUCCAUCCUUCACCGUGGUACCAAGGUAGCAUUGACGUUACAAUGUGAAGGGGGGUCCCUUGUGGCUGGGCUUGGGAUGGCUGCUCUGAGCUGACCGAUGAGCUGGGUGGGGGCCCUGCCCACACACUCUCUCACCGCCCCCACUCUUGUGUUGGGGGUGGCAUCUCUCCUGCCCUUGCCUAAUGAGAGAUGUGGUGUCUCUCCCAGCAAACCUCGUCCAGGUCCUUCGGGGAGGUGAGAGGCUUCUGGGGGAGAAUUGUAGGGAUUGGAGGACCCUGCCUUGCCUGGAUCGAGAACAGCCCUGCUGCCCUUUUUGAGCCGAGUUUUUUGAAGUGGAUGCCCGUCUUGCCAGAAAUGCUGUUCUCACCAGAAUGCCCUCCCCUCCCCCUCUCCCUCGGUGGACUUGGCCCUGCCCAGUGCCAAGCAAAGACCCUUUCCCAGAGGCCUACCCCCCAAGCCCCCAGCCAACUGGCAGGACCCUCUCCUGCCUGUCCUUGCUCCCCAGUGGGGCAGUGCCCCAGGCCUCAGUGGCCAUGUUCCCAGGGUGUGAGCUGACCCACCCAAAGCUGACUCACUGUGAGUGACCUUGGGCAAGUUCCCAAACUUCCUUGUGCCUCAGUUUCCCCAUCUGGAAAAAAUGGGGCCACCUCUUGCCAGCAGUAGCAGGGCCGCCCUAGCCCGUUUUUCCUCAUGCCCCCCAUCCCAGCACUUGGGCGGCUUGUGCCUCUGCCUCAGUGGGUCUGUGGGAGCCUGCCUGAGCCCAGCAUUUAUUCCCCUGAGCACCAAGCUCUGCCUCUGUGUCAGCCAUCCAGCCACUGAGAGCCAGGGUAUCAUGCCGGGGAGGAGGGGGGGCACCCUCUUUUCUAUAUUUAUUUCAAAAAUCAUCCUAAGGAAAUAGAAAAGUAGUCCGACCUAGGGCGCCUAGCCCCUGUGACUCUCAUCCUGUAAGGGUCUGAGAUGGCCAGAGCCUGCCCCCACAAGCCCCUGUGCCAGCAGCCUGCCCAGACCCUCCAGGGCCUGCUUUCCAUGUGUGGUCUUUCUCCUCCUUUUCAAAGCAAUAUCCUCCGGGUCUGCAAAGCCCUGUCAGACAAACUGGUCCCUUCCAAGGUUUGCCCAUGUGUCUGAUUGCAUUUCUGGCAAAGCAAACAAGAGGAGGUUGGGUCUGCCCUCACUGGCUGUCACAUACUGAGAGAAGUCCUAUUGUAAAGAAACAAAACAAAAUGGAAAAAGUCACAAAAAAGUUUGUAUAAAGACAUAUUUUUGUACUACAUGGGGACUCUUCCUGCAUGUCAGCAAUAAAACUUCCUGGUCUGGAGCCACAGUGCCUGUAUCGUCCUC